AUGUCCAUUCCGCAUCUUCGGGAAGCCUUACAUUGUCUUGAAUCGAAGAUGGCGUCAUUGCUCAGCGAGCGAGAUAUUCUCGAGUCUAGCCUGGAGCAGGCUGUCCGGAUGCAGUCGCCAAUUCACCGUCUUCCGGAGGAGCUCCUGUCAGCGAUCUUCGAGAUCGGCGUUUUCGACGCAGAAGAGGAGGACUCUGCCACAUUAUUCAGUCUGAUGCUCGUCAGCAGGGGAUGGAGGGAUGUGGCCUUGCACACUCCUGGAUUGUGGUCACGGAUCGCCGUCGGUACUCGUCACUCGCUUGACAGGGCUCGGCUUCGGCUUGAGCGGUCAAAGUCUGUUCCCUUGCAUGUUUGCAUAGACUUCAGUCCGCGCAUGGAGUACGGGAGCGUCACCACGGAGAGCAUCGUUCACGCAAUGGACCAAUUGCGUUCUUCGAUCUGGCGUUGGAAGACCUUUCACCUCAUUGUUCCAAACUGUUCCCAUGCGCACGCUACCCUCACACGCUGCAGAGAACAAGCCCCUGCGCUGGAGAUGCUCUCGGUGCGGAUCCGGCAUUCUAUGCAGGAAGACCGCUACUCGACUCUCCCCUUUCCCUUGUUCAACGGUCGCACGCCACGAUUGCGGUCUUGCUCAUUCACGUCAUUCCACUUCAAUUGGGACCUCAAGAUUACCAGCAAAUUACGUGUCCUUAAGCUCGGUGGGUAUUGGAAUGGGUUCGCACCCUCGGUCGAUCGAAUUCUGGACAUUCUUCGCGCGUGUCCUCAAUUGGAAGAGCUUGCAUUGCGCAAUAUGUCUGACAUUGAAGCCGAUCCGACAUCAAUAGCCAGCAUCGGUACAACUGAUCACGAUUGCGUUGGCGAUACCAAGAUGGUCCAUUUGCCUCGUCUCACGAAGGCCUCGUUCUACUACUCCGGCAAUAAUCGCACCAGGGCAAUUCUUAGUUUCCUAUCCUUCCCGACACUGGAAAGAAUGGAACUGUGCUUCUUGGAUAACGUGUCGCCGAUGGUGGAGCAGCUAAGGCGACAGUCGCAAACUCGUCUUCCCUUGCGUCAUUUGCGCAUCGAGGCCAGCUAUUUCAAUGAGCUAAAGCUCUUGAGAGUGCUGCGAAGGCUGCCAGCGCUGACGACGCUGGAGUUCGUGGAUGUCGAGGAUGUGUCGUCGAAUUUUCUCAAGAACCUUGCGACACCUGCUUCUACUCAUACAUGGACUUGUCCGAAACUCACACACUUGUGCUUGGAAGGCUGCACGUCUCUGGACUGGGAAUCGUUGCGUUCAUUCGUGGAAUCACGGCUACCGGCCCAACCACGGGCUUUACCUUGUCAAGCCGGACUUCAUACGACGUCAUCGUCCUCGAGGUCAUGGAAGGCAACGUCAUCUGCAUCUGCAUCUGCAUACGCUGCUCAUGCCCACACCCUAUCUCGGAUACCGGCCAUGCACCCUGUGCCAGGCACAAUGAACACCGUAGGCUGGCCGCACCGGCUAGCUUCCAUCAAUCUCACACGUUGCCAUCAGAUCAGCAAGGAGAUGGUGCAAUGGCUGCGUUUGUACGUAGCGGAGGUGAAGUGCGAGACAACGAAAGGGAUAUGGGGUGAGGUGAUGAUGGCAUAG